UAUAUAUCCCUAGAAAUCUCUCUCUCUCUCUCUGUCUUCUCUCUCUCUCUCUCUCUCUGCAAAGUCAUUUCUUCAAUCUAAUCCCUCACACACACACUCCCUCCCUAUCUCACCGACGACUGGAUUCGCGGCGGGCUCUUUCAGGCCACCUCUCUAGACCUAGAUCUCUCCAUCUCGUCUGCCUUCGCCCACCGCUCCUUGGAUACGAUUUAAACCACCCCCAACCUAACGCACCCCACUUUUUCUUUUUCUUUUUCUUUUUCUUUUUCUUUUUUCCUUUUUCUCUUUGUCUUUUAUUCUAUUAAAAAUGUUUUUCCAUUUUCGUCAUUUUGCCUUUUUUUUUCAUCCCUACGUUACUUGUUUUCAUUUACCAUUUAACCCAACCAACCAAUGAGUCUUUUUAGCCUCUUUUAUCGACCUUUUUCUUCUGCUUAUCCCCCCGAUGAAACUGAUUUGACACUUUUACCCAAAUCAUCAACAAUUUUCUUUCACGCUUUUAGCCUUGCGAAACCGAAACUACUAGACGCUUUUGCCCCCCAUUAGAAACCAACUUGUUUAGUUUUUACACCCCAUUGUGGAAGUUGCUUUGGCUGGUGACGUGGUAUGAUUUAAACUUUAAAGGCUAGGAUGAGUUUCAAUCCCCGUCGGAUUUUGACGCCUGGCGCGUCAAGAAAGCGUAAAGAGAGAGAAUCUUUAUUCUCAAAAAAAUCGUCGGCUGCUCCCGCUUCGGCUCAAGCCGCUGCUCCAACAACAGCUCCGAAGCCCGAUGAACCGCUCUCGUCAAACCGGCUGUUAGCCGGGUACAUGGCGUACGAAUUCUUGACCAAGGGUACCCUAUUUGGGCAGAAGUACGACCCGGAUCGAGCCUCGGCCGAGCCCCUGGCGAGCUCCUCAGCCGAGUCGAAGAGGUCGAAGCAGGAAGCCGAGCCGAGCGUCAAGAAGGAGCACCAGAGCUACGCUGUGGUGGCGAGCGUACUGAAGACGGAUGGGGCCCACAUUCCAGGGAUUGUCAACCCCACUCAACUCGCUCGGUGGAUUCAGAUGUGACCCGCGAUGGGUGCGGCUACGUGGGUUCGCGGACGUGUCAACCUUUGAUUGGCGGCACAGUAUCGUCCACGUCAGAGGAAGUUCAUGCCUUAAGCGCGUGAAUGUACUUUGCGUCUUCUAUCUGGAGGUGGGGGUGAGUCCUGUAUCGGCACCAAAACCCGGUGAAAGCAUUAAGUUUCCGGGAAUCUUGGAAUGUUGUUAUAGUCCGACGUCGUUCUCUCUAUCUCUCUCUCUCUCUCUCUCUCUCCCCUUGUGUGUUAGUUUUGUAUCUCUGUUGCAGUUUAAACUGCAGUAUGUAACUUUGGAGAAAAACCCCAUGAGAUCGAAAUCCUUUAAUGCUUUCUUGUUCA